AUGAAAUGUCUAAAAUUUAGAAAAGAAAAAUUAUACCAAUAAACACUUCUAAAUUAUAAUGAUACAAGAUUUAAUGAUAAAGAACUUAAUGUCUUGAGAAAAAGGUACCUAUCAUUUUUCAAAUUAUUAUAGAUUUAUAUCCAUGACUAAUGGAAGUAAAUAUAUUAAUAAGGAAUAAUUCAAAAAUAAUUUAGCUGUUUUAGGAUUAGAUUCAAUAUCAUGUUUAGCAGAUGCCCUAUUUUAAGCUAUGGAUAUCAAUUUAGAUGGCCAUAUUGAGUUUGAAGAAUUUGUAGCAUAUUUUGAUAAAAUAACAUACGGAACCUAAGAUGAAAAAGCAGAAAUAUCUUUUCGCUUAAUAGAUUAAGCAAGAAAUGGCUAUAUAACAUAUUAAGACUUUAGUAAUACAAUGUAAUAGUUAAUAAAGUCUUAUACUAUUAUGAAAGGAGCAGAGUUGUCUUACGAUAUUAUUGAUCAUAUGGAAAAGAAAUAUUAAGAUAUAUUCAAUUUAAUAGACAUAAAUAAGGAUUAGAAAAUUUCAUUAUAAGAAUACAUUAUAGCUUUAACCAAAAAUCCUCAAAUUUUAGAUGUUUUUGAAUUUUUGAAAAAAGGAGUAACUCAAACUAUUAAAGAGAGUUAACAUAUAAGAGAUUAAAUGAUGUUAUAUGAGUUUGAUAAAUUAAAUAAGUAAACUGCUGAUAUUUUAAAUUCUCUCAGUGAAUAACAAGAGAAAUCUCUUACUUUAAAAAAAAAAUAAUCUGUUAAAUAAAAAUAUGGAGUGGAUGUUUUGAUAGAUGAUGAUUAAACAGAAAAUCUAGUUGAAAAAGACAAUUUAAGUUGGAUUUAGAAUCUGUCACAUGAAUAAUUAAAACUUAAAUGUUAAGAUUUAUAUUAAAAAUUACAAAAAUUACAUUCCGAUAGUGGAAAUUCUCUAAGUAAAUUAGAAAAUUUAUAUCAUGAAAAAUUAGAAUAAGAGGGAUUUUAGGAAUAAAUACUUAUAAAAUAAGUAUCAAUUAGCAAUAAUAAAUACAAGAAAUCUUCAGUUUAAAUUGGGAAUGAAAUUUGGGAUUUAGUUAUUAAUAUGAUGUUAGGUAUAUAAAUGGCAGUGAAAUCAGCAAAUGCAGUUAUUGAAAAUUUCCUUUCAUAUUAAGAUUUUGAAAUAAAAUAAUGUUUUGAAAUAAUUUCCUAUUAAAACAAAGAUAAAUGUAAAUUCUAUGAUUUUGCUCCUAAAGUGUUUAAUCAAAUUAGAAAAUUAUAGAUGGUUGAUAAUGAUAGUUAUUUAAAUAGCAUUGGGCCUGAAAACCUAUUAUUUAGUUUUAUGUAGGGUGAUCUCAGUACUUUAAGCGAAUUAACAUCAACUGGAAAAAGUGGAAGUUUUUUCUAUUACUCUUAAGAUGGAUUAUACACACUUAAAACAAUCUCGUAAAGAGAAUUUUUUUUAUUUAGAAAAAUAUUAAGUAAUUAUUUUUAUUACUUAAAACAUUCUCCAUUUUCUUUAAUAAUCAAGUUAUAUGGUUUACAUAAAAUAAGUGUAAAUGGUAAAAAGAUUUUCUUUAUUGUGAUGGGAAAUGUUUUUAAGACUGAAUAUUAAAUUCAUAAAAAGUAUGAUAUAAAAGGAAGCACAUACAAAAGAACCACAUAAUAGGAUGUUGACCCAGACGUAGCUCGUAAAGAUUUAGAUUUUAUUUCUAAUAAUGAAAUAAUCUCAAUAGAUUAAAAAAAAAAGGAUUAACUUAUUGAAUAAAUAGAAAAAGAUUCAGAUUUUUUAGCAAAUAAUAAUCUAUUGGAUUAUAGUUUAUUAAUUGGAAUUCAUCAUGUUGAAAGUAAGGAUUGUUUCUAAAUGGUUGAAGAUUGCAAAAAUUUAAACAUUGUCAAAUCUAGUGACUAUAAUAAAAUUUUCUUUUUUGGAAUAAUAGAUAUAUUGACUGAGUAUAAGUAAAUUAUUUUUUAAACAUAUUUUAGUACUUCAAAGUAAUUAGAAUCUUGCUAUAAAAGAAUUGUAUAGGGCCCAUCAAUUUCUGCUAUUCCUCCAAUAGAGUACUCAAAGAGAUUUUAAAAUUUCAUAAGAUCUAUUUUAAGUCAAGAAAAUAUUUGA